UGCGAGUCAUCUGCAAACAAUUACACACUUCGUCUUCACCUGUAACGUUUUCUCAACAGGAAUCUUGAGUCACACCGUUCCUAAAUCAAAUGGCAUGAGAGGGACAUGGCUCCAGUGGGUGUACCUGCUCUCUUAAUGUUGGCAUCUUGCCUGCUGUUCAUCUUGCCCUCAUGCCUCUAUGCGUGUCCGAGCUCCUGCAGUUGCCCCAGCCCUAAAGAGGUGCACUGUACCUUCCGUCACCUACCCUCUGCCCCACAAAACCUACCCAAGGACACUGAGAGACUCAACCUAGGCUAUAACAGCAUCGGCACGGUUGGGUCUUCAGAUUUUGCAAACCUGCGGCAAUUGGAAAUGCUCAUGCUCCAUGGAAACGAUAUCUCCACUGUCUCUUCCGGAUCCUUUUACCACCUCCGUUCCCUCCAGAUACUCAAGUUGAGCUACAACAAACUCAAAAGAGUUGAUCCCAGCUUGUUCGAGGGCUUGACCAGCCUUGUACGGCUUCAUUUAGACCACAACCUCAUUGACUUCAUUGAGCCUUUUUCAUUUACUGGACUCACAUCAUUAAAGCUAUUGCAACUGGAGGGGAACCGACUACAGGAUCUCCACUCUCACACAUUUAUUACUGUCUCAGUCCUGGGUACAUUUUGGAGCUCAGGACUGCGGCAUCUGCACCUGGCAGACAACCAACUAGAAUACCUGCUGUCUGGAACUCUGCAGCACUUAGACAGGCUAGAAGUCCUCUCUCUACAUGGAAACCCCUGGGCCUGUGACUGCCACUUACAUUGGUUGUUGGAGUGGGACAAAAAUCAUGAGGGAGUUAUUAAGUGCAAAAAGGACCGUGAAUCUGGAAAUGCUGACAACUGUGCUGCAUGUGCCUCACCAAAGCCUUUGAACAACAGCCAGAUCUUGCCGCUUUCAACCAGCCAGCUCACCUGUGACCAACCCUCCCUUCAAUCCCCACUUAAAAUUGGGGAGAGUAGCAUGUGGGAAAAUCAGGAGCCAGAUGCCCCCUACAUCAAGGACCUGGAGCGUCCUCUUGGCCAUCUGACAUUCAUUCUCUCUGACAGUCAUGGGAAUCGGGCACACGUGGCUUGUAAUGUAACACGUCCUGUUGAAGACACCUCCAUGGUGUGGGAGCCAGUGAGGAGAACAGAUGAGAUUGCCGUAAAUGUGACUCUACGGACAUUUCUGGAGUGUGAGAUCGAUAGAGAUACUCUUCAGAACCUGUGGAGGUUGGUUGCCUACUACUACGAGAGUCCAGCAAUUUUGGAACGGGGAACCAGACUUGGGAAUUCUUCAAAGGUGACUUUUCAGUACUCUCAAGCCUCACAUGAGGAAUCACCAUAUUUUACAGAGCUCAAAGGACACUUAAUGGCUGAACCAGCCUGGCUUUUACAACCAAGGGUCACCCUUCAGCUGAACCGGCGCAAAACAACAACUAAAAAACUGGUGCUGAACUUCUCUACUUUUAUAUCAAAGCACAUCAUUGGAAGAGGGGAUGAGGAGGAUGUAGUCUCCUCCUGGGCUAUGAUCCAAAGAGGAGGCCCGGGGAGAAUCCAGUCAGUGCUAGAACACUCUGAAGUCAGUCUGGAUUGCAGCGUGCUAAGCUCGGGGCAUCAGCUUGUGGAGUGGAUGCUUCCAGACUUAACAACAGUGGAUCAAACUGAUUCCCAUAAAUUAAGGCUGGAGAAUUACAGACUAGUUAUCAAAAACACAAGUAUUGCAGACUCUGGACUGUAUCAUUGCUUUGUGAGGACUGACACUAAUGUGGACAUCGUCACCUAUAGACUCACAGUAAGGAUGCGUCUCUUAAGUCCCAGUGAUUUAAAUGGAAAGAAGAUAUCUGUGGAGAAUGGAGACACUCUUAGUCUUCCCUGUUUAGUAACUUCUCCUCAUCCAAUUGAGACAAGAUGGUUCCUACCAAACAAUCAGAUUUUUAAAGCAUCAGACAAGAAAGGAAGGGUGUAUGUAUCACAGAACAACACUUUGAUCAUCAAAAAAGUGACUUACGAGGAUGCCGGAGAGUAUAGUUGUUUAGCAGCUAACCUCUAUGGGGCUGAUAUGUUGUCUCAUCUAAUUGUUGUUACUGGUGAAAAGGAAGACGCACAAAGAGGUGUUACGGUAUCGAUGGGUGAAUUACUGCUUUUUGAAAAUGAGGACAGUGAAGGGUCAGGAUAUGAAGAAAUCAAAAGACCAACUGCUAAACUCACACCUCAGAGGGUCGAUGGAAAACACGUCCGACAAAAUUCAAAAGGAAAGAAAAUCAAAGAGAGUGUGAGAAAACCUAAUAACUCUGUCAAAGAGCUUGAUCCCGGCCGCUGGGAGCAGAUUCUUGCAAAAGCUAAUGCUAAACUCUCAACCAUGUCACCAGUUACGCCGCACCUAGAAAUGACAAAAACAGUGACUGAGUCUUCACUGAUUACAACCACCAAAACUUUGUUGGCUGAUACCUUUAAAAUGACUAAAACAGAUGUUACAGCUAGCAGUACCAGCGCAAGUUCAAGCAUCCAACAUUUCAAUGCGAAACAGCUGGAACCACCACCCCCCAAUGAGCAUGUACAAGAAACUACACAGGGAGAAAAAUCAAAAGACAAGACAAGUGAUUAUAACAUUUCAUAUUUGACUUUAGAACACAUAGACUCAACAACGGUACCUGAACAUGAGACUCAGCUGGUAAAACAGGUAGACAGACAGACAAUAGAAGAUAAAAUAAGGGCUAACAAUAAUUCCAUCUGGAACCAAAGACGAAGAUUCCCAUAUAGGCAGCGUAGGCCUCCUUCACGUAGACCACGUCCAAAGAGACCAAAUUUCACCCUAGCUCCCUCUACAGCAGUGCCAUUCACUCACUCUCCAGUCAAGACACUGAUACCUAAAAGUAGUGUAGCAAUGACCACCAACUCUUAUACCCAAGCCCAAAACAAAGAUGUCACAGCUUCAAUGACUUUAGAAGUUUCCCCUGCACAUUACCCAGUAACCGAACACUUUGCCAUGGCAGUCACAGAGGACCCUCUUAAAGUGCCUAUAACAAUGUUCAGAAAAGAUGAGAACUUGAAUGAACUUGAAAGCAAAACAAAACACAUUGAGUCAGUUCAGCUUGUAAGUACAACAUCUCUGCAAGAAAAUGAAGCAGUUCCUGCUACACGUGCUACACCCAGACAGAUCAACAGGUAUGGACAUGAAAACAGAGAGAUCAUCUUGAGAACUAAUAGCCAGGCAAAUGAGGAUAAGACAAGGCAGAUUUCAGCAGCUGCCAUCCCUAAUCUUCAAAUCAGCUACAUAAAUCCUCCAGAGACAAAAAUAGCACAUGUGACUGAGAAACCAACCUUAACUAAUGUGGACCAGCAGAGAGUUUACAACUGGGCAAUGCAUCCUGAAGGAGUACCUAUCCACCCCUGGUUAAUCCAAAAGUCUACACCAAAAAAACAAAUCUCAAUUACACCCCAUCCCUACAAUCAGUCUCCCUUCUGGCCCACAGUUCAUAGCUCAAAGCACCACCACUCCCAAGACAAAACAUGGUAUUUCCUACAAACAGGAGGCAGGGGUGCAGGGGCCACCAAUCGGCCUGAAAUCACUGCUCAAACAGCAAAGCCCACAACUUAUAUUUCGGGGUCAGUGACAGCUUCCGUUGCGAGGACCAUAGCUCCACAUGUCAGCUCAUCUCGUGUACGUGACCACUUACUUUUCAACAGGCUCAGAAACAGAUAUAGACAGUCACAGCUUAAUGCAUAUCGACUAGCCCAGAUGGGAAAGCUUGUCACUUCUAAGCCAAGGACAUAUCGUCCCACCCCACAGCCUCACCAAGCUCCAAAUAUCCCAAACAUCUACAAGCCUGUGACUCCCCCAUCCAUCCUAGCAUAUACAAACAAACCAACCUUCACAGCUAGCGUACCAUAUGGCAGUCGCUGGCACUACAGUCAGUUUGGAGCAAAGAAAUUGAGCACUGCCAUUCCCUUUCCAAACCUGAUGGGCAAUGGCGCCAAACCCAGGAUCACAACAACUGAAUCCGUUACUAUAUCUGCUUUAGCAGAGACAGAUGUGCUCUUGUCCUGUAGAUCAUCUGGGGACCCCAAACCUAUUGUUUCAUGGACCAAAGUUUCAACAGGUGCAACAAUUCAGACCAACACAAAACUUGUACGAAGAUUUGAGGUCCUUUCAAAUGGUACUUUUGUGAUUAAGAAUGUCCAGCUGCAAGACAGAGGCCAGUACCUUUGCACAGCUCAAAACAAAUUUGGUUCAGACCGCAUGGUAGUUACCCUCGUUGUCCAGACUCAGCCUCCAAAAAUCAUGAGUUCAAGGGCCAGAGAUGUUUCAGUGUUUUUGGGAAACUCAGUCAGCUUGGACUGUAUUGCGGUGGGUAAACCAGAAGUUCAGAUUUCAUGGAUACUUCCAGACAGGACAUUUGUGCGAGACAUUGGUACCCUUGACCAAAGAGUAUCUCUUUUUCCAAACGGAACACUGAGUAUUCAUUCAGCAAACUUUUCUAAUAAAGGUGAUUAUAAGUGCAUUGCCAGCAAUGCAGCAGGAGCUGAUACACUCACGUACCACAUUCGUGUUGCUGCUCUACCUCCAAUAAUUGUUGAGGUUUCACAUGAGACUAUAUUUAUGAAUGCUGGAAGAAACGUAUAUGUGGAUUGCACUGCUAAAGGAGAGCCAUUCCCUCUAAUUAAGUGGGUUCUCCCUGAUGGUUCACAAAUGAAGCCCACACAGUUUAUUGGAAGUCGGAUAUUUAUUUUCCCGAAUGGUACGCUUUAUAUAAAGAACGUCAAUCCCAGUGAUUCAGGCAGGUAUGAGUGCUCAGCAACCAAUCCAGUGGGCUUUGCUAAAAGAACGGUGCAGAUGGAUGUUAGGCAAGAGGCUCCAGGCCCCUGGAAAGGCCUAUAUCAGCAACACAGUGUCACAGCAACAUAUGGAUCCACAGUUUUCCUGCAUUGUCCAGAGUCUGUAGGUUCCCACAGAGGCACAGUCUGGAGACUACCAUCUAAAAUCAUUCUGGAACAUCAGUACAGUCCACAAAGACACAUCACUGCUUUCCCCAAUGGCACUCUGAGAAUUCUGAGACUGACUGAGAAAGAUGGAGGCAAUUAUCUGUGCAUGUAUCAAAGACCAAAUGGUGAGGACAUGGAGCUGUUCCAAGUAGAGGUUCUCAUGAGGCCACCAAAGAUAGAGAACACUGGGGCACAACAUAAAAGAGUUGCUAAUGGAGACAACUUCCUGGUGGACUGUGUAGCUUCUGGCCUUCCAGACCCUGAGGUUUCAUGGAGCCUCCCAGAUGGCACCAUGAUCAACAAUGCCCUUCAGUCGGAUGACAGCGGAACCCGUAACCGGCGCUAUAUCAUCUUUGGGAAUGGAACGCUUUUGUUGCAACAAAUGGGAAAGAAGGAUGAAGGCAAUUAUACAUGCUAUGCUAAGAACACCCUGGGGGAAGAUGCAAUGAAAGUAAGUGUCCAAGUCAUGCCAAACUCACCCCAAAUAACUUCUAAAGAGCAGGUAUCCAUGUUGGCACCUUUCGGGCAAUCAGCCCAAAUGAAGUGUGAUGCUACAGGUGUGCUAUCAGCUACGAUCAUCUGGAUCUCACCAAGGAAUGAGAUAAUACCCUCAUCUUCGGUCAAAUACCAAAUCCUAAAUGAUGGGACUCUGAUCAUUAAAAAACUGACUUUGGCUGACCAGGGAAAGUAUGCCUGUGUUGCACGGAACCCAGCCGGAGAUAACAUCAAGAACGUGAACCUUCUAGUUGAGGUUAAAGGCCCACAAAUCAAUGGACACAGUGGGCGAUCAGAGAACAAAAUUUUAGCAGUGUAUUACCAGACCUUGCUGCUAGAUUGCAAAGCAGAAGGUAAGCCUGAACCACAGAUCACCUGGACCACACCUUACGGCGUGUCUCUACCCACUCCAUAUUUGGGAGGUAGGUUCCAAGUCCACAGGAAUGGCACUCUUGAAUUGAGGGGCAUUCGAAAGACUGAUGAAGGUCAGUUUCUGUGCAUAGCCAAGAAUUACUUAGGGGAAGCAAGUCUAGCAGUUGACCUCGAAGUUGCAUCACUUGCUGAGAAGCCAAGCUUUCCAGUGCCAAACAUAGAGGUUCUUCCUCUCAAAGCAGAUGGUGAUGACAUAUGUUUGGAGUGUCGUGCUACGGGAAAACCAAAGCCAGAGUUUCUAUGGAUUCUACCCAAUGGAACGGCACUGAAUCCAGGCAUGAAACUUCGGCGGUUCAUUCACUACCUGGGAAAUGGGACUUUACACAUUACGCAGCCAGGUGUCAUUGACAAAGGUGUGUAUCGGUGCCUGGCUAAAAAUGUAGCUGGACAAGCAGAAAAGCGCUAUGCUUUAGAACCUGGACAGAAGCCUCAAAUUAGAAGUACAGCUUCAACAAUGAAGAUUUCGUUUGGACAGACACUAAAUAUGCCAUGCAAUGCUGAUGGUUGGCCUCAGGCAAAAAUUAUCUGGACUCUUCCAAAUGGCCUGGUCUUAGACAAGCCCCAAGUUAUUGGAAGAGUAACAUAUUUAUCUAACGGCACACUUCAGGUAAAAGAAACAUCCAAAUUUGAUAGAGGAAUGUAUACCUGCAAAGCCACAAACACCUUUGGAUCCUCAACAUUGUCAUAUCCAGUAAGUAUUAUGGUGUUUCCACCUCAAAUCACUCAUGCUCCACCUUCAGUAACCAGAGUUAACAGGGGGUCUCCUGUGAUUCUGAACUGUAUAGCUGCUGGCAUACCCAAACCAGACAUUUCUUGGACUCUGCCUGGACGUACCACGCUUGUACCCAAUAGUCGCUUCACAGCACAGGGUGGAAUUCGCAUUACAGAGGAGGGAAAUUUGGUCAUACAGGACCCAGGCCUCAUGAACUCAGGGAUUUACAAAUGUAAUGCUAGAAAUGCCUUGGGAACAGACUUCAAAGCAACAUACCUUCAAGUGAUCUGAGCAAUAGACAGAAAUCCAUCAGGUCAUUAAGAACACUAAAUGGGAACCUUUCUUUAAAAACAUAAAUCAUACUUUAAAAGUGCACCAAUGCACUUAAAAUACCCCGAACAAUGUUGUUAAAUAGCAUUUUUCCUUAAUAGUUUUUGUGAAUAGCCAUGGAUUGUUGUCUUUGGAUCUGCCCAAUAACUGACCCGAGAAUAAGAUUUCUUUAGUAUUCUAUAUUUAAUUUAUGAAAUUAUUAGUUUGUACAUAUUUAUAUAUUCCACAGUUUAAACAGAAUAAUUUUUACAUACUUUUUUUAACAUAAAUUUCAAAUAAACAUUCCAGAAUGUCUGUGAUUUGUUUGAUAUGUUCUGUCUGUUGAAUUUCUUGCAUUCUUCAGUGCAUUAGAACAAAAUAGCCUUGUCAGAGCAGAACGAGGCCUUGUGUGGUACAAAUGUUGGCAUUGUGGUAGUUGUCCAAAUAAAUAAGACAAGAACACAGUAUGUAAGACACUUACUGCCACAC